UAUAAAGGUAGAAAUCAUAGAAAGAAAUACUACAUUUAAAAACUUCAAAUAAAAUUGUGCAUUUCACUAACCAUUUAAUCUUCGUUUUUUUUUAACUUGUAUUUUUGUUUGUUUAAUUGAAUUAUAGGUCGUGGAAGCGAAUUAAUAAAUAAUAAAAGUAAGCAAAUACUAAUAUAAAUAAAUUAUGAAGUAGAAAUAAAAUGAAACAUAAACAAUAAACUAAUAAAACCCUUUAGAAACAAAAUAUAAGAAAACAAAAAUAAAUUAUAAAUUGAUGGUUAAACAAUUCCAUGACUGUUGCGAAUGCUAGAUCGUAGUGGUAAAGAUGUUUUGAGAAGGAGAGAAUGGUGAGGAGAUGUAGAUAUAAGGCCUAGUAUUUAUAUAUGCAAGGCGCCUAGGUCUAGGGUAUACUCGCUAUCAUUAAUUGCCAUAAUCAAAUUUUCUAUUUCAAAUCGAAAUCUGAAUAUAUUACUUCCUUUGUUCCUUAUCGUACACUAUUUGAUUGUUGUAUUAUAGAAAAUUAAUGUGGUGCUGGUCAAUCAAAUUAAAUGUAAAUAUCAAUCAGUGACAAUCACAUUCCCAUUCUAAAUUUGACGUAGUUAACAAUUCAAAGUUGAUCUUUAACUUAAUAAUCUGCACCCUGCGCGGAAUGAGUGAUUAAAAGAGAUUAUUACUUUAAUAUAUAGAUAUUAUAAAGUAAAAAAUAGUCACAAAUAUUAUAUAUAAUAAAAUAUUGAACGAAAUUAUGCAGAUUUAUAUAUGUAGUUUUUUUCCCAAAAAAACUUGUGUAGCUGGUUAGGUGUAAUUGAAGUAGAUUUAAAAAUAUUAGUUUUUGAAGUAGAUUGAAGGUGUAAAGCCGUAACUCAGUUUUAAAUCUAACUUUCUUUAUAUACAACCGUAAUUGCAGAUGAAUGAUUAAUGAUUAUAAAAAAUCAAUCAAUUAAAAUUAGGAAUUGAUAUGUAAUUUAAUUUGUCCAAUCAGAAUAAUCUAACUUUCUUUAUAUACAACCGUAAUUACCGAUAAAUACUUAAUCACUUAAAAAGACAAUCAAUGAAAAUUUUGAAUUGAUAUCUAAUUUAAUUUGCCCAAGCGGACUAAUAAAUUUUUCAAAUUCAACAUAAUAACAUACGUAGCUAACCGGUUAAGGCUAUAGCUUAAUACAUUUUUUUAUAUAUUCAAUAUAACUAUACCUAUAAUGAGUUUAUAUAUGUGAGGUUGAUAUAAAAAAUAACAUAUGACCAUUGGAUAAUAAGGACUUCUGAAAUAAGAAAAUUAAUACAAACCAUAUAGAUCAAGCAGUUAUAUAGCUCCUUCUACAUUUUAAAGAUAUUAAAAUUGCUUUAUAGUUGAUAUCAUUUAAGUGAGACGAACCUUCUUACUUAUACAAAAACAGAUUUGUACUUGAGAUUUUUAUAUUCUCAAAGAUGAUAGGCGUUUCGAGCUAUAUUCGAUUUUUAUUUGUACUUAUAUUAUAAAGAUGAUAAGCGUCUCAAGAUAGAUGAGAAAUAUUUCUUGAACUAAAACCUGUGUUAUACUACGUUUACUAAUAUAUUUGUAUAUACUUGAUGAAUAUAAAAACAUAAAGUGACUACGAAAAUCAAUAAUAAAAAUAUUUUUUAUUAAUACGAAGGAGGCCGCGUGAGAAAUGGGUAAUGAAUGAUCAAAUGAGUUAUCAGUUAUUUAGAUAGGAGUCAUAUAAUAUAUUAUGUUAAGCUAUAUUGUAAUGAAUAAUUGCAAUAUAUGUAAUUAGUCUAAUGAGGAAAGGGUAUUUAAUUAAAGAGUGUGAGAGUGAUUCUAGUGUUGACACCUAAGAAAUGGCAAUUUGGUUAAUAACACAUGAGGUUAAGAUUAGUUUAAAUUAAUGCUCCUCGAAUAAUAUAAAAGGGAUAAGAAAGAUGAUUAAUAUAUUAUUUUAAACAAACAAAAUAAAUGAUGUUUCUCCGAAUUAAGAGAUCUGGUCCAUGUUCUUAUUACAUGGACAUCAUGCUACAUCACGUGGCCCCUUGCUUAAACACCGGAAUGAAGUUUGUAUUCAUCUUCUAAUUUUAUUUGGACACCGAGAAAAAAAUUCUUCUUGAUUGUUUGGAAUAAUUUGAGACUCCCAUGUUUUGCAAAUUAUUAACAGGUAUGUUAUGUGGUUUACAGAGUCAAUAUAAGUCUGUAAAUGUCUUGCUGUCAAAAAAAAUUAACAGGUAUGUUAUGUAGAUGGUCAUGUUAUUUGACACAGCCAUCUCUUGGAAGUUACUAUAGCUUCUUGAAAUUGUUUACGAUUUACAUCAUAAUCUACUGGAUUAAUAUACUAACCAGCUAUGUAUAGUUAAUAGUUAAUAUCAGGUUAGAUUCGUGUUAUAAAUAGUUUAUAUGGUGAUUACGUUGUAACAAAAUUGAGCUGAUCAACUAAAUAACAACUUUAGCUUUUUCUUCUCUUUGAGCUAAACCUCACUUUUGGGGGAUCUAAUAAUAGUAUUAGAGCCGGAUGAUUAAUGAAAGAUAUGGUUAAAGACUCGGAAAAUGGAGCAAAUAGAAUGAGAUGUGACAUUGUUUACAUGUAUUUCGUAUAUUUAAGUAUUAUAUAGUUCUACCAACCGCAGUUGGUCUAAUAAGUAAAACUCUUGAAUCGCUUAGUAGAAAUCUAAAUGAUCGCAUCUUUGAUUCUCGUUAGGAUGAGAGAAGUAUGCUCUUCUAGAAAACGAUUAAUUUUGGACCUCGCCCUAAAGAGAUGAAUGAAUAUUUUUGAACCUAUAAUUUUCUUGUUAUGAAAAAACAGUAUUAUAUAGUUUUAUAAUGUGUUUACCGUUCAAAUCUAAAUUAAUAGGUCUGCCGCUAUUUUUUUUUCAAAAAUGAAAAGAUUUAUACCUAUAUACUAUUUUAUGGUUGACUAAAAUAAUUUUUAUUACAUUUAAACAAAUUUUGUUACAUUUAAACUAGAAUACUAGAUCUAAUCAUUCCCUUAAUAAUUGCGAUACAGUUAAUAAUUCAUUAUAUUGUGUAUCAUAUUAAUAUAUAUACACAUUCUGCAUAGCUUCACAAUUCGCCAUAAAGGUUGCUUUUCUCUUCUCUCUCGAACCCAAAGUUAAAAGUACCAAAUCCCUAAUCAACAAACAUGUUGCGUUUAGUCAUACUCUCUUUAACUCUCAUUGUUCUCAUCAACUCAUCAAACAUCCCGGGAACAACAGCAACCCCACCAGCCAAAUACCAAAACUACAAAACAUACGUAAAAACAGCAUGCAACUCAGCAACAUACCCUACAAUGUGCUACAACUCAUUGUCCUCCUACUCAUCAACCAUCAAGUCCGACCCAAUCAAACUCUGCAUAACAUCUCUCAACAUCAACCUUAAAUCCGCCAAAAAAGCCUCGUCCGUCGUCUCUAGCCUUCUCAAAAAGGCCAAAGCAGCCUCCAGCCCUGAGGUUCCGAUCCUCAAGGACUGCCUUGAGGAGAUGAAGGAUACUGUCGACGAGCUCAAGCAAGCGACAGCCGAGAUGAAGAAUCUAAACGGCGGAGGAAUCUCAAAGGAGGAGCAUCUAAGGAACGUGAAAACGUGGGUGAGCUCGGCGUUGACAGACGAGAGCACGUGUACAGACGAGUUAGAGGAAGGAGAAGUGAAUGCGGACACGAAGAAGAAGGUGAAGAAAGCUGUUUCUGAGCUUUCAUGGACUACAAGCAAUACUUUGGCCCUGAUGACUAAUUACCUAGGUUACUGAAAUUAACCAUUGUAUUCACGUCUUAUCUUUGCAUGUGCAUGUGUACGUUUUCUUUCUUUUCUUUCUUUUUGUUUGUUUGUUUGUUAAAGGUAGACGUUUUAUCUUGUUUUCUUUAUGUCAUAAUUAGUAAUCAUAUAUAUAAAUUCCAAGUUUUGACACUGUCUAACGUUUUAUAAUUACUUGCAA